AUGAAGCUCUCACACUGCUUCGCUGCGCUACCAUUACUUUCUCUCGCUCAUGCUCUCCACUUUUAUUUCGAGUCCAACGAGAAGAGGUGUUUCCUAGAAGAGCUGCCAAGUGAUACUAUCGUAGAGGGUCACUAUCGGGCAUUGGUGUGGAAUGAGCCGACAAAAGCUUGGCUGUCCAACUCGGAUAUGGGGAUUACUGUGAAUGUGGUGGAAAUGGCCAGUGGACAUACUGUCGUCAACACAAAGGGACCAUCUGAUGGACGGUUCACCUUCACCUCUCAUGAUCCUGGGGACCACAACAUCUGCCUCUCCACCAACAUAACCGGCGGCUGGAUCUCCACAGAGCACAUCAAGAUGUAUCUCGAUAUCCAAGUCGGGUCCGCCAAACACGACACCACCGCCGAUACCACGCACGUCUCUACCCUCGCUGGCAAGCUCCGCGAGCUCAACAAUAAAGUCGCCGAUAUCCAGCGCGAGCAAAAGUAUAUGCGGGAAGUGGAGGCGACGUUUAGGGAUGCGAGCGAGCGGACGAAUUCGAGAGCGGUCGUGUGGAGUCUGGUGCAGAUGGCGGUACUUGUUGCGGCGGCGUGGGGGCAGAUGAGGUAUUUGAAGAUGUACUUUGGGGAGAAGAAGCUGAGAUGA